AUGCUCUUUGCCCUUGAUCGCAUCAACAAUGACCACAACCUGCUGCCGAACAUCACUCUGGGCGCCCGAAUCCUGGACACCUGUUCUCGGGACACUCACGCUCUGGAGCAGUCCCUCACCUUCGUCCAGGCCCUCAUCGAGAAGGACGGGUCGGACGUGAAGUGUCGAGACGGAGGAUCGCCCAUCAUCACCAAACCUGAGCGAGUGGUUGGCGUCAUCGGGGCCUCCUCCAGCUCUGUCUCCAUUAUGGUUGCAAACAUCUUACGCCUGUUCAAGCCGGAAGGGCAGGAGAUCAUUCCUCUGUUUUAG